AUGUUGGAACAGGGCUUGGGAGACUGCCACACAAAAUUAGCAAAUUAUGGAUGUUACACGGCAUCACAGUGGAAAAACUGGACACUUGUCUACUCUUUGUUUGUUUUGGAUGGUCUUUUACCUAAAGAACAUAUGCGAUGCUGGCAGGCGUUUGUGUUGGCUUGCAAGUUCCUGACAAGACCGGUUAUAACUGCUCUGGAAUUGCAAAAGGCAGAUUUAAUGCUUCUACAGUUUUGUGAAAAAUUUGAGCAGCUCUAUGGCAAACUAAAGUUGAAACCAAACAUGCACCUGCAGGGGCAUUUAAAACAGUGUGUAUUAGACUAUGGCCCAAUUUAUAAUUUUUGGUGCUUCAGCUUUGAACGAUUCAAUGGCAUCCUUAGUAGUUUCAAGACCAAUAACAGGUGCAUUGAAAUUCAGCUGAUGAGAAAGUUACUGUCUGAUCACUUGAUUUCAACUACUUCAUUGCCUAAUGAGUUUGAAGAACACUUCCUUCCAGUUUUCUCUCACCAUCUUACAAACACUGCUGAGAAGAUCAUUGACAUUGUCAAGCUAGGGCCUAAACUGAUUAAUGCUGCAAUUUCAAACAACUUGUUGGAAAUUGAUUGGAGAAUGCUGGAAAGAGAAGUUUAUCUACCUCGUUUCCACAAAGUUAGGGCUUUGGAUGAAGAUGAGCUCUCUUCCCUUCAUUUUGUUUACAAGGCUAUGUAUGGAAAUGUCAUCACAAACCUUGACUGCCUUGCAAAGACUGUGCGACGAUUUGGCAGUGUUGUUAUUGGCCCAGAAAAAUUUGGCUCCAAACUUGAAUGCCGGUCACUCAAGUCUGCAAGAAUAGUUGCAUCAUGGACUGAUGACCAUGGCUUAAUCAGACCUGAUGCUGGACUGCGACCAGGCAAAGUGGAUUGCUUCGUUCAGCAUACGUUAAAAAUUGGAUCUGAGAGUCAACAACAUGUAUUUGUCCUUGUAGACUGGUAUACUGACGAUGAGAACAAGGACAAGUAUGGAAAACCUGUUGAAAUUUGGAGAAAAACAUUUCUACCUGGAGGCCCAUCACGGUAUCUUCCAGUGGCCACAAUUCUUUCCAAAUUCGUUGUUGCAUCUACAUUUGAAGACAAAGUUGUCAUAGUUCCUUUAAAUCGCACCUUUUCCUAG